AUGGCUGAAAGCUCAAAGAAAAUUACUCUUUACAGUUAUUUCCGCUCCUCAACUUCAUGGAGAGUAAGAAUAGCUCUUAAUCUUAAGAAAAUAGACUACAACAUCAUUCCUAUUAACCUUUUGAAGAGUGAAUAAACUUCUGAAGAAUAUACUAAAAUCAAUCCUAACUAGGGAGUCCCUGCUUUAAAGUAUGGAGACGAGGUUAUUAUUGAAAGCUCUGCUAUCUUAGAGUUUUUGGAAGAAGUAUUUCCUGAGCACCCACUUCUUCCUUAAGAUGCAGUUAAAAGAGCUUAAAUUAGAGGCUUUUGCCAAGUAAUUAACACUGCCAUCCACCCUCUCUAAAAUUUGAGGGUGCUUAAUAAGAUUGAAAAGGAAUAUAGCUAAGACAAGAUUCAAUGGCUCAAAUUCUGGGUUACUAAGGGUUUGACAGCAAUUGAAGAAUUAUUAAAGAAUUCUCAUGGAAAAUAUUGCUUUGGUGAUGAAAUAACACUUGCUGACUUAUUCUUGGUACCUCAAGUUCAAGGAGUUGUAGAUAGAUUCCAAUUUGAUUUAACCCCUUUCCCCAAUAUUGCAGAAGUUUUAAAAAAUUUAAAGGAAAUUCCUGAGUUCGUUGCUGCCUCACCCAGCAAGUAAGCUGACAAUCCUGAUAAUCAAAAGAUCUGA